AUAGGCCAAAAGCAUCUUAUUGAUCACAAGAAUGGAGAAAUCAUCAACUUCAUUAGGUUGGGGUAUUUGCCUUCCAUGCUAUUAUAUGGCCCACCAGGGGUAGGAAAAACCACCAUUGCUUCAAUAAUAGCUGCAGAGGCUGGUUAUGUUUUUGUUGAAUUGUCUGCCACGGAUAGCACAGUGAGUGAUUUGAAAGAAUUACUGAAGGUCAUAAAAGCUGAAAAUAGCAGCCGCUCCAACAAGCAAGAAUUGCUAAAGGUUGUUGUAUUUAUCGAUGAAAUACAUAGGUUUAGCAAGAUACAGCAAGACUUUUUGUUACCAUUUGUUGAAGAAGGCUCUUUUGUUUUCAUUGGUGCUACAACAGUCAGCCCAAAGAGUAGAAUCAGGAGAGCGAUAUUAUCGAGAUCGCAGCUAUUUGAGCUCUAUCCUUUGACUAAAUCAGAAACUGAAGAAGUGUUGCAUAGGGCCAUAAGAUUCGAAAACAUGCAGCGAAGGGAAAGAGGACAACCGAUUUUGAGCUAUGAUGACAAAUGCAUUGAUUUACUAUUAGACAAAUCUGGGGAUACAAGGAUGGCGGUUAAUUUGAUAGAAUUCAUAAGCUCAAUGCAUGCGGAUGAAAAGAAUGAAUCAAGAAUAGAAGCCACUAAGAGCACACAUGGGGCAGAUGAACUGGAAAGUUCCAAUUUUCAGGAAGGUGAAAUAAAUCUAAAAGAAGAGGACUUAAUUGAAAGUAUCAAAUCUAUAAGAGUAAUUGGGUCAGGUAUGGCUGACAUUAAAAAUCAAGAACUUUUUGAUCAAUUCUUUGAAGCGUUGAGAACUCCACUGAAUUCCAGAUGGUCUUUGCCAGCAAAAUUUCCAACACGAGAACACGAAAGUCCCUCAAUAGCGGAACUGGUAGAAUCUAGCUCUAGAAGUGAUGGGAAUAAGGAGCGGGUAUCUGAAAAGUCCUUUACAGAGUUUCUUAAAACUUCAAAAUUUGAUACUGAGGAUAAGGAGAUAGAAUAUCUUUUACAAAUGCAAGUAUCCGAUGAUAGUGAUGUUGAAGAAUGGGAUGAAGGUUGCUUAUCCUCAGAGCCCGCAACACUCAAUGACCUUUCGUUGCAGGACUACAAAUUGGUCUCUAGCUUGUUCUAUCUCAAUAAGCUUCUACAGGCCGGAGAGUCGCCUACUUACAUUGGAAAGCAGCUAGUACUAUUUGCUGUUUCAUUCGUUGAAGCAGAUGCAAUGAUGUUGCGAAAGAUAUUAAGCCAUUUGUCUGUAUUGCUGAAUACCAAUAUGGAUGUUACUAUUGUCUUAUCGCAAUGCGUAGGGUGGAUUGUGAGCCAAAAAAUGCUAACACAACCUCAAUGGGAGCAUUUUAACAUGUGCAAAGAAUACUUUAGAUCUGAUAGCAAACACGCUGGUUUAUCUAUCGCCAAUGAGAUUGAGAUCGAAUAUGACUCCCACACUAUCGACACAUUAAUGAGAGAUCCAAAGGAAGAUACUUCAACAGAUGUAGGACCUGAAUAUGAGAUCAAGUUCAUUGAUGGUAGUGACCAAGGGUUCGAACUUGGAGAAGGAUUCGAUCUUGAGGAGGAAAUCAAUCUUGGAACAUCCCUCGAAACUUGAGUCAUGUGUUGA